GGCAAUUUUUCAUAUGCGACAAAGAGUAAACGUGUGGAGCUAGAGCCUACUGAUGUGCCAACAGGUUCCCUUGUUUGGACAUGGGGCGCCUCACUACCCAAUACCAUAUAAAGAGUCUUUGAUAGCCUCCUUGGAUGCUCAUCGUGAUUCUACUGUCUUUAUAAACGUACUGUCAAUCUUGAACAAAUCAGUCGCUGCUUCAACUUCAAACAACCGCCAAAAUGAAGACCUUCACCAUCGCCACCAUCGUCGCCUUGGCCUCUGUCGCCAGUGCUCAGCUCGACAACAUCCCUCAAUGCGCUCUUUCCUGCUUCAUCGGUCCCCUCACAAGUGACGGCUGCGAGAACCUUACCGACUUUGCCUGCCACUGCAAGAAGGGUGACACGCUCCUUGCCCAGGUCCAGCCCUGUGUGCAGAAGGGCUGCGAGGCUGCCGACCAGGCCAAGGCUAUUGCUGCUGUCGAGUCCACCUGCAAGGCUGCUGGUGUUCCCAUCACCAUCCCCGACACCGGUGCCCCUGCUCAGAGCAGCGCUCCUGCCGCCUCUGCCUCUGCCGCUCCAGCGCAAUCGUCCGCAGCUUCUGCAAUUGCCUCAGCCGCCUCCUCGGUCAUCUCAUCCAUCAUGGCAUCCGGCACUCCUGUGCCCAUGCCCACCCCCAUCUCUACCGGCACUCCCUCUAUGGCUCCGUCUAUGACACCCUCCAUGACACCCUCUGGCACUCACUCUGCCUCUGGCGCUUUGACUUCUUCCACUUCUACCGUCUCUGAGUUCACUGGUGCUGCUGCCCAGGCCACCCAGGCCGUCGGUAUCAUUGGCGCCGCCGCCCUUGCAAUGCUCGCUUUGUAAACUAUUACUAGCGUGUCUUCUCUCUCUGUUGACAUUUUGAUAUGAAAUCGGGCUAUGGCUAUGGCUACGGAUGGAAAUGGUAAUGAAGG